AUGGCGGGGCAUAUGAGUAGGCUAAAACUCGCUUUAGGACUUGUAAUCAACUUAUUUUCUUCCAUCUGUAUUGUUUUUCUAAACAAAUGGAUUUACGUGUCAUAUGGCUUCCCCAACAUGACGCUGACGUGUAUGCACUUCCUCGUCACUUCGCUGGGAUUGAUUAUUUGCGAGAGAUGGAAUAUAUUUUACCGAAAAAAUCUGCCUAUAAGUGGUAUGCUUCCACUUAGCUUGACUUUCUGUGGGUUUGUCGUCUUUACUAACUUAUCCCUACAGAGUAAUACAGUAGGCACGUAUCAACUAGCUAAGACCAUGACAACACCGACAAUUAUUUGUAUACACUGGGCGUUUUACAACAAGCCGUACUCCACAAGGGUGAAGGCAACUUUGAUUCCAAUAACAAUAGGAGUAUUUUUAAAUUCUUAUUAUGAUGUGAAAUUCAAUGUAUUAGGAACAGUAUAUGCAACGUUGGGUGUUUUAGUCACAUCUCUCUAUCAAGUGUGGGUUGGUACAAAACAACAUGAAUAUCAAGUAAAUUCAAUGCAGUUACUGUUCUACCAAGCACCACUUUCAGCUACAUUAUUAGUCUUUGUCUUACCAGCCUUUGAACCUCCCUGGCAUCAGGAUGGAUUGUUUCAUGUCCACUGGCCAUUUGAGGCUUUGAUAUUGGUUUUUCUGUCUAGUCUUGUGGCAUUUUCAGUUAACCUUUCCAUCUAUUGGAUUAUUGGCAACACUUCUCCAGUCACAUACAACAUGGUUGGUCAUUUUAAGUUUUGUCUGACUUUGCUGGGUGGUUAUUUCCUGUUUGAUGACCAACUCCAAACUAAUCAAUUACUUGGCAUAGGCAUGACGUUAACUGGCAUCAUUUUGUACACUCACUUCAAAAUGCAAGAAAGAGAACUUCCAUCAAGAACAGUUAUUAGAGCUUAG